GUAACAUUGAUAGCUCCAGGAAACUAUACCGCGAAAUCCAUUUCUUAUCGUUCAAUUCCACAAAUUAUCCUUGAAAAUGAUCCCCUUGGUCUCGACGAUAAAUCUUCAGAAUUUUCAAAGUCUUACUUUGAUGAAAAUUAUGCAAGAGUAUAUUCCUUUGUAAGAAAAGUUGCCGCUCAACAUUACGUGCCUUUUAAUAAUAUUUAUGAAAAAAUUGCCAAAGAGAUCAACGUUGAUUUAUUUUUUUGUGAUUAUAUAAUGAAUCAUCCGUGCUUUGAUCUCGCUUGGAAAUUAGGAAAACCUGCUGUUGGAAGUUCCACUGAUCAUUCUUAUUUACCUCAUCCACUAUAUACAGAGGAUCCUAUAUUCGGUUUCGGUUGUCAUGUGAAUAUGGAAAAUGAAUCCUUCUAUAAUAGAUUUAGAUGUGCAAUUAUAGUACCUUUAAUAAAGGCCUGGAAAACAAAGGAUCAUAUAAAGGAUAUUAAUGCUCAAAGAGCACUUGUAGGUAUAGAUCCAUAUUGGGACGAGAGAGGACGUGUAUUAAAUGUGUUAAUGUUGGCCAAUACUUUCUUUGGAUAUGAG